AUGUUCCAGAUACAACGGCAGCAGUACGUGACGGUUUUUCUUUAGUCCAGGAAAGAUUCUGGGAUAACCAAACACGUGUACAAGUAGAGAUUAGUUUGCAAGUUGCUGUUGCUAUGGACAGCUAACAAUUAGUAAAAACUGUUUGAAUGCAGAGGUCCACGCAACUUGUAAAUAUAACUGACUGGUUCCUCUUGCCGAAUCUCUAAUUAAAGAGAUGCUGUAGCCAGACGUCAAUUAAAAUGUAAAGUAAAACAAAACUAAAUGCAGGGCUGGCAUUACGGCAAAGGACUGAUUUAUUAUAGGCCAAUAUUUCGGCUAACAAAAUUAGCCUUCCUCAGGGCCAGAGCUUUACCGCGAGAAAAUAUCUUUUAAGGGCUCUUAAAAUUUGAAUUUAAAAUUUUCAUAAUGCAUCAGUCAAUUCCACCUGCGCCCAGCCCCCCCGGGGCUGACUCCAGGGCAUUAGCAUUUUUUUUGCCUUGGAUGGCAAAUUCCCGGGGGUGGGGACUCGUGAGCUGUCAAAUCCCCCGGGGUGGGGACGAAAAAAGAGGGCAAAUGCCCCGUCCUCCGUCAACACUGCAACAUUUUUUUAUUGAUCGCACAGUCAAAUAGUGCCGUUUUAAGCAUUUUAAUGUGUGAUUUUUUGGUUUUAUUAACGUCUUCCUUUGUAAUAAUAGCGCGAGGAUUCUAAUUAAGACUUCGCGCAGCGACGACAUGCACCAGUUUAUGGUUUUAGUAUUGGUAUAAAAUUAUUGACAUUAAAAUUAAUAGAGCGCUGUAAAUUUAUAUAUUAAGAAUAGUUUUAUAAAUAUGAAAGGAUGUUCUUCAAAUAAUAUCAACAGAAAUUUGAUUCAAUAACCAAAAAACGUUGAUUCACAUCGAUAGCUCCAAUUUCGCUACGUAAUUCUGGCUUGAUAAGCAAUGAUGAGAAAAUGCAUACAUACAUGUAAAAUCGAGAACUUGCCGUUAUAACCCUCUACAAUUCAUUCCUGUCCUUGACAGAUGAGCCAAUCUGCUUUUCUUUCAGUAAAACCUUCUUUGUAGUUAUAUCCUGAUAGGAAACCGCGUGCGUGUCAAAAGCUCGGGAUUGGCCCGGGGGUUGGCAAAUGCCCGGCCCCCGGGCAGUGCAACAUUUGCAAAUGCCCCACCGCCGGGACUGACAAGGGGGGCAAAUGCCCCGCAGUUGCCGGGGGGGGGGGCUGGGCGCAGGUGGAAUUGAUUGAUGCCUAAGUAAAUUAGUGGUAGCUCGUGGUAGAGUGUGAUUUGGAGUCAGAAUACAGGGUCUGGACAGGAUCCCCUAACCUAGCUGGUCUGGAAUGGUUGUAUUCUAGGGAUCCGGGAUUUGACCGAAAUCUAGAGCGGGAUUCCGGAAAACGCAGCCUCGUCCCUAGGCGUUCUCGGCUCGGUCAAUCCUGGACUCUGCCGUGAGCUCUGACGUCACCGAGAGAGAGAACGCCUAGGGACUAGGCUGGGGAAAAGGCAAAAUUUGGAAGCCAAAUUCGCCAAAAUCUUGGCAUGGGAUGCGGUAUUUGGAAAGAAAACGUUAUUCGGCAGGGAGGUGACGGAAAUUUUGGUGAUAAAAUAACGGGAAUGCUAGUGUCCUUGGCAACCGCUCCGAGAUCUUGACUCCAGGGGCGUUGCGGGGCAUCAUGGGACAUCAAAUGUAGUUUCCAGUUCCUUCUGGGAGAAGAUCCAAGAUGGCGGCCCCAGGAGUUGUGUAGGAAAAUUUGUCUUUAUGAAGAUUUUCACAUCGAAUUUCUCCUUUUGUUCUCAAAUUGUGUUUAUCGACUCGUUUUUUAAUGCUAGUUUAACAGGUCAUGUUAUCGUUUUUUCUAAACAGGCGGCCCAAAACACAACGUGGCAAGCGUGCUUUGGAACAACGUGCUCCGAAGAAUGUCGAGAAUACAAAAACCGCGCUGUUUCUACGAGGGGGCAAGACUAGUGAACUUGUUACCCAGGCUAUGAAAGAUAUUGUAAGUAAAUAAAGAUACCAGGCUGUUGAGUAAACUUUGAUUUUCACGAGAUAUAUAAUUGCCGAUUACUUGUUGUCAAUCGUAUGCUCACUGAAAUGAAAACUCCUGAUAAGCUUACGUGUUUUGUAGACAUCUAAAAAUCCACAUCAAAGCCCAGUAAGGGUGUUCCGGAUUUCAAGUGACAGGGAUGAUCGAAUGGGUGCAAAAAUCAAAACCCAAAAACUAUCCGUAGGGCUUCCAACCCCCCCCCCCCCCCCCCCACCACCACCAAAAAUUUACCCCCUUACUUUAUUCGCAGAACUACGCAGCCGGGAUACGUCGGAACUACAGUGUACCAAGAAUCUUCAGAUUGUUUUGAAUACCCCAAAAAAUCCCUACUUAAGUCAAGCCACCAAAAAUGAUAUUUACAAAAUUUUCCCAGCCAAAAAACUCCCGGAAUCGAAAAUUUCAAACCCCAACAAAAUCCUUCGAUCAUUCCCACCACUUGAAAUCUGGAGUAUCCCCUUGGGCAUAAGAACAGACAUCAAAUUUUGCAUACUUCACCCUGGUUUUCUUACAUGAUGGUCUUCAUGAUAACAAUUUGUUGACGAAUCAACGCUGUCUUCGCUCUAUGAUCACUUGCUUCAUUCUCAUGGUGUGUAGCUUAUUUAAAUGUAAAUAAUUUGAUGAGAAAUUUGAUCUUGGUCAUACUGUAAGUGAUUUAAGGUUUAGCAGUUGUCAUUGUUUUGGGAUUUAUAGGAUUCCCUUAUCUCCUGGUUUUCUAAUUUGCAAUUUUUCAUUGCUCAUUUAUGGAUGUGAUAGUUGCCAUAUUUAAAGGCUUGUUUCCAAAGCGAACUUAACACGUGCACGAGAUAGAUCUUGCUAACAAUAAGACCUGGACAACCUAUUGCAAAGCGGCAAUAAUUCUGAAAUGCAGAGCAGAGAGAUUGAACCGUAAGGGAACAUACAAGAAAGAAAACAUGUUUGUUUGAGUUAAAUAGAAAUAUGUAUGUAAAAAAAGAAUGAGUUGAAUUGAAUUGAAUUAAAAAUGCCAAGACUUGCACCGAGAGAUCCAAAAUGUUCUCACUUCAUCAGUGUAGAAAGUGCAUGGAAAGCAUUCAUGUUGCUGGUGAUCUAGAAACAGUAUACAUGCAAAUAAAAAACCAUUUGGACUGUAUGAGCACCUUAUGUGCACAAGGGAAUAAUUUUAUGAAAGAACAAAGAAAUUAGGGUAAUGCGUCAACAUACGUGAUUGAAAUUAUUAAAAUUAAUAAACAUUGAUAUACAACCUUAGACAAAAUUGUUGGGACACUUUUAAAAUGGUCCUUAUUAUGGGAUAUCAAGGUCAAAAUUUCUGUGAUUUUGAAUUUCUGUGAAAGGGUAAUGGGGUGCAGUCAUGCUUUUUUCGAAUCCCCCAUAAUACACUCAGUUUGCCCCCCAAAUUUUGCAUAAACAUUUGUUUUCAAAUGUUUCUGAGAAUACGGCAUUUUCCCAAGAGCAUUUGAAGACCAUAACUUAUACAAAAUUUGUGGGGAAAACAGAGUGUAUUAUGGGCGAUUUGAAAAUAGAGAAUUGGGUUGUGUCAAAUAUCCCUGUGAAUAAUGACUGAGACUGCUGGUUGAUGAUGGUGAUUAUACCCCUUGUGAAGGCAAUUUACUUUGAUAAACAUUAUAACAAGAUAACUACGUAUUGAUUUUGGCUUUAAAAGAUGACUUCCACAUGUUUGUUGCUUCUAAUUCAAGACUUUAUCUUUUCCAGUGUUUGCUUAAGAAGCCCAAUGCAGUCAUGUUCCAGAGGUUAGUAGUUCAUAGCUACACACAUUCUAAAUUGUCUCAGCCCUUUUUUGCUUCAAUUUAUUUAUUUUUAAUGGAGAUAAAAAUAUUUUAAAGUUCAGACUGACUGUGAGUACUGUUCACUCAAAGUAGGAACAACUGCACACAGUAACUCAAAGUUGUCUGUAGUUUCCUAAAUGUAGCCGUACUUUUGAAACCAUGAUAAACAUUACAGGAGCAAUCCCUAUGUAAUUGGAAACUAGUCCAGCAACUUCAGUCUGAUAUACCCUUGAACCUCCAUCAAUGGUCAAAUCCCAUAAGCAGAAACCUGUGCCGGUAAAGUGAUGGGCAAAAUUAAAUAACAACAAUACAAUGUACAUUCUUAUCAAAAGAGUAAUACAUGAAUUAUAAAUAACUUGAAUUUAAUUUUAUGGCAACUGGUAUGACAAUACACUAAAUUCAGUGAAUUCUGUUUUCAUGCAGAAAAAAUAUAUUGAGGCCAUUUGAAGAUCACACCUCACUUGUAAGUAUUUAUGCCUUUUUCCAUGUCUUAAUCUGCCACUGAACCGAGAUGAAUGACUCACACAGGAACAUACUGAUCGUAAGACCAAUGCUAAACCGUAGACAGGGUAUAUCCUAACAUCACAUCAUUACCUGCUCCCCACGCCUAGGCACACUGGGAAUACUUUACUAAUUGCAAAAGGAGGGGGAAAAGGCAUAAGAAUUUUAUUUGGAGGCAAAUAUUUCCUAUCUGUACUUCUGUAUAUAGAAUGACUUUAACUUCUUUCAGGAAUUCUUCAGUGUUAGAAAUGAUGCUUCAUUAUUUAUCUUUGGGUCACAUUCCAAGAAAAGACCUCACAAUCUUGUUUUAGGUAUCUUUUUUCAUUCUUUGGAACACUUGACUCUCAUUCCUUGGAACACUUCAUGCUAUAAAAGUAAAAUACUGUCUUAUGUUCUUUGAUAGGCCGCUGCUUUGAUGGUCAUAUUUUAGACAUGAUUGAGUUAGGCAUUGACAAAUUUGUAUCAAUAAAGAAAAUAAAGGUAAGGUUAUCGUUAAAUAUUAAAUUGAGAAAAACUGUAAUAUUGUUAUAAUUUUUCAUGCUGGUACAAGAAUGUUUUUGAUCCCUGAUUAUAGCUGACAACGGACCAUACCUUAGUACUAAGUUUUCAGUUAAAUGCUAUACACUGCUUCACCCCAUAUAUUUUUUGUACUGCUGAUAUAGCUAGCCACUUAACAUAACAUAACAUAACAUAAAACUUUAUUUAUACUCGAAUUUUAGAGUAGCUAACAAUCUACAUGAAGGUAACGUGUUCAUUGUGGGUCACAAAUCUUAAGGUAAAUCAACUUUUGAGCCCUUUAAGGUGAUCAAACGGUUAAGUUCUAGAGCAUGCUGUUAGCACAAAAACCAACAUUCCCAGACUGGCACAGUAUUGUAAAUGUGGCUCAUAAAGUUAAUUAUUUUCCCCAUUUAGAAUGUCUGACAACAAAAUAGAGUGGAAAUAAACAACUCUACUCAAUGGAGAUCAUACUGAUCCUUACAAAUUACUGAUGCAUGUUCAUUUUAAUACACUACAAGAAUUUACCUACUCAGCAUUUACGUUAGCAUAACAAUCAUCGAUGUUCGGUGCUUGCAAGUUUUUCUUUACUAGCCCUCAAAACACAGCAUGGUUAACUUAUCAGUAUUUUAAAAGCCAAAUUUGUUAUCAAAUGAAAUCUUUUCUGUAUGUUUCUUUCAGACACUCAAGUGUUCAUUUGGUACAAAACCUUGUUUAUUAUUUUCUGGACAAGAAUUUGAAAAUGAUGCAGUUUACAAAAGAUUAAAAAAUAUCCUCAUAGGUGGGUAUGAGUGAAACUGCAGUGUAUUUAUUUAUUCACAAUCUUGUUGUUAGGGUCCUAGUCUUAGAAUAACAAUGUCUGCAUUUCCUUUCUACCUUUUUUCUGGUAAAAAGGUAAAUAAUAAUAAUAAUAAUAAUACAUUUUAUUUAAAGAGGGUAGCACGGAAUAGUUACAGAAACUACAGUAGUAAACUUGUGGCCCUCUAUCUAAAUUAAAAUUACAAAAAGCAUAAGAUUCAGAAUAAAAUCUAAGUACAAAAUAAAUAAAACUAAGGAAAUAUAAAAGUUCUACAUCAAUGUGAAUGAGUAUUAGAGCUAAUGAUACGGCCAGUGAAAUACAUACAAGAAUAUGAUUAAACUAUGAAAUGGUGUUCCUGCUGCUCUAAAGGCGCACACAAUCCAAAGGCCCAAAUGGCUGAGGCUUAUAGCAGUUUCCUUAGCAUAAAGCUUGCAUAGGAGUACUGCUUCUUCCCCCUGGAUGGGAUGCUAAUCCAUCGCGAGGUUACCUCCCAGCAGUAUGUCAGCGAGAGACAAAGUGGGGUAAAGUUGCUUGUCUAGCGAAAUAGCAUGACGAGCGAGGCUUAAAGCCAGACCUCCAGAUCCAGAGUUCAAGGUGUUAACCUCUUGGCCACACAAGCCUCCGCAACUUUUUCUGGGAUUGGAAUCUGUUUGCAUGAUGGAGGGGUGCCAUGGCUACUUGAGCUUCUCUUGAAAAGCCAACUUUUCAUUCCUUUCUUUAAUAACAUAAUGCACUAAAGCAUUUACAAAAUAACUUAGGCUGGAUUAGGAUAACUUACCUGCCCACAGUACCAUACAUGAAUGUACAGGGUGUAUUUUCCCUAGGCACACAUCCUUUUAAUGGCCUAUCUAGCUGACAUAAAUACCAUGAAAACCCUGGGCACAAACUGACAGCUCAAAAAUUCUUGGCCAGCUGCAUAUAGCUGUCGUACAAUUGUCUUUAAGUAAGGUUGUAAAAUUGCUUUAACGUUGUAUUCCUGUACCUUACAGAUUUUUUCAGAGGGCCAAUGAUUGAGAAAGUGCGGUUACAGGGACUGGAGCAUGUUCUUCAGUUUACUGCUGUUGAUGGAAAAAUUUACAUGAGAAGCUACAGGUAAAGUUUAAAGAUGACAAAGAUAACUCAUUAUCAGGACUGUGAUGUAAUUUAAUGGUUUCGUAGGUUUAAACAGCAGAGGCGCAUGGUAUCUCAUGGACUAGUACAAGUGAUCAGAGAGCAACAUUCAACAAAUUGAUUUAGAUGUGGCAGAAGUAGUUUUUAAGCAAAGUGCAAAAUUUUCAAUCUAACAUGAUUGCUAUUCUGCUCUAUGCAUGGCUCGGAGACCUGGCACAUGAACUUCCAACAUAUGUGUUGUGGAAGGGUCUUUAAGAUCUACUGGCCAAUGACUGAAGGUGAUAAAUUAAGUAGUAAGAUGAAAGGCAAAAACACUGCAAAUCAGCACCCAAGUGAAAAGGAGAUGGCAACAGUGGAUUGGUUAUGAGGGAGAUACAAGGAGACAUAGAGAGGAGCAGAAGAGUAAGAACUAACUAACUGGAUUGGGGUCCAAGGCUAGGGCUUCCUCAAUCAAUGCGCAGGACAUAGACCAUUAAAAAAUGCUUUGCUCCCUUACUUCCCACAUGAUGAUGAUGAUGAUACAUUAAGUGGUUGUUAUUUUCCUCAGGGAUAAUAGAGUGAGUGAGAUAUGAGUAUAGUACGGUGGCCCAUAGAGGACACGCUACCUACAUUUUUAUAUCGCGCAAUAAAAAAACAGUUUAUCGCGCGAUAAAUCCAAAUUAUCGCGCGAUAAAUGCCAAUUAUCGCGCGAUAAAAUGAAAAUUAUCGUGUGAUAAAUCUAAAAUAUGGCGCGAUAAAUUGAGAAUUAUCAUUGCGCGAUAAUUUGCAUUUAUUGCGCAAUAAUUCUCAAUUUAUUGCGUGAUAUUUUCAAUUUAUCGCGCGAUAAAUUAUUGUGCGAUAAACUGUUUUUUUAUCACGCGAUAUAAAACUAUAGGUAGCGUGUCCUCCAUGGGCCACCAUAGUAUAGGGAGAGGUAAAAUCUCUCUUUGUUGGUGCCAAUUCCAACACACACUUGCAUAAUAAUGGUGCUUGAACUAUCCUGAGGAAAAAAGGGACUACAGUCGAACCCCGCUAUUUCGAAGUCCCAAGGGAAAUGGAAAAAAGUUCGAAAUAGCGGGGUUUCAAAAUAACCGGGGAAGCGUAAAAUUCAUAAAAAUGAAUCAUUUUUUAAUAAAAUACAGUACAGCAUGAAGAAAGGCACUGAUUAAAUAAAAAUACAAUGUCGAAUGAUCAGAAUAGAGACAGCAGAGUUCAUACAUGAGUAUUUCGGCCGGAAGAACAGUUCACUAACAGUGCGUUUUGGUUUUGUAAUUGAAUAAAUAACGCAGCUGGAAUUUCUUAGCGGGACACUGCACGUGAGUCAAGCAUUGUUAAGUCAUUAAUUACGUAUCACGAGCUUAAAUAAAAUGCAAUACGUUUCCAGCUGUGCUCUUAUGUUCGUACUCUGUUUUUGACAAGUUCGAAACUAACUGGGGUUGAUUUAAGGUGUAGGGAAAGAACGAUGAGUUCGAAAUAGCGGGGAAUUCGAAAUAACCGAGUUCGAAAUAGCUGAUAGUAAAUGACUGAAAACAUAAGGGUAAAUCCAAAAGAAUUCGAUAUUCCUUCGAAAUAGCGGGGACUUCGAAUUAACCGAGUUCGAAAUAGCGUUAAGUAAUUUUUGUUUCAUUUCAGAGUGUUAUUAAAGAAAUCAGGAAGUCGAACACCAAGAGUUGAGCUUGAAGAAAUGGGGCCUUCCCUUGACUUUGUUAUGAGAAGAACACAUCUUGCAUCAGAUGACUUAAUGAAGGCAGCCACAAAGGUGCCAAAAGCCGUCAAGGUAAUAAUAUGAACAGUUUAUUAUUAUUUAUAAGAGCCAUCCAAUGGGUAAAUCACUGUCCAGUGGAUAAGUAUUAGGAAAAUAAAUAUUGCAAAAUCCACAGGAUAGAGAUUUAUCCACCUUUUCAACAACUGAUGCCUGAGGAUUAAAGACGUUUAAUUUUGAGGGAAAAGUGGACAUACUUUUCUACUUAAAACUGUUAAAGCUAGAAAUGGACCUCUAACAGCCCAUGUAAUGGCAAAUUUUAUAAGAAGAAUGCCAAGAUAAGUGGGAAUGUAGUUGUUUAGUAAUAAGGAAGAGAGUGAAGAUAACCCAAACAGCUGAAAUAAACAGUUGUUAUGUAUGAAUUAGACAUUUUCAAUUUUAAUGGUAGUUAAUUGAAUGACUCAAAUCAGCUGGGUUAAACUAAUAUUGUUAUAGUUGGUAAAUAUUUGCCUAGUGUUUGGCCCCUUAUCUAACCCUUUUUAUUGGCUAAUUCACAUAACAUUUUCAAGAAUGUUUUGGCAAAUUGCUGUUGUUGUUAAUUGACAAACAAUGAAAAUGCACAGUUAAGUUUUUCAUUGCUAUUAAACCUUUCAAAAUUGGUGACAGAGGCUUUUAAAUUGUGAUCAUGGUUUCAAAAAUUAUUAAAUACAACAAUACAGUGUAGUUGAAACAGAAUACUAAUUAUUUACUGCAUUCAUGUAAUAACACAGAAGUUCCAUAUUUUUGAUACAAGUGUUGUAUUUUGUAGCCUAAGAAAGUGAAGAAUGUUUCAUAUGACUCGUUUGGAACCAAGGAAGGAAAAGUUCACAUGAAAAGGCAGGACUACGCUAAACUUCAGACCAGGAAGAUGAAAGGACUUAAGAGAAAAUCUGACACAUCUGAAACACAUGGAACAAAAAAUAAAGUGAAGAAAAAGAACUAG